CCAGCCGGGGCCUCUUCACUUUUUCAAAUACACACUUUCUUCUUCCUCCCCAUCCUCCAGACACACAGUCCCUUCUCUCCUUCUCGUACCAGUCAAUUCUCUCCAUUCCCAUCCUUGGUGGUUGAUAAAGAUUUGUGCUUUUUGAGAGAAAAAAAAAAAUAGAAAUAAAAAAACAGUAGUUGAUUGUGGGCACCAACUGCUCUGUAAUAGUGGCGGCUGACUAAAGAACACAAUUGGGAAGUGGAAUCCAUGAUUUGAACUGGAUGAAGAUUGCGACUUUAAAGGCUGGAAUUAUUGGGUUGUGAUUCAAGUGUGGUCUACUGUGUCUUCUGAGGAUGCCUGAAAUCUGGGCUUGUAAGAGAUUCAGUUCAAGCUAUCAAACUAAAAAUGGAUGUUCGGGAAGACAGUACUAGGCGUUGGCCGUUGCACAACGCAGCUACAUUGCGGAAUUUGUCGUCGUCUUCGUCGACGUUUUUCUCCGCCAAUCAAUCGCCUUUCAUUUCUCCAAACUCAGCAGCUCGUCGACUUUCGACGCAAUCCGAUAAUCCAUGUCCCGCCUCCGCAGGAAGUUUAUAUCCCAUGAAACCCGAGUUUUCGCCAAAUGAUCCGGCGGAUUUGGAGAAUGCUUCAAGUCCAGUAUCGAGCAGCGGAGUUUUUCACGAAAAUGAUAGAUUCGGACACACUGGUAAAGCCAAGAAGUUCGAAAGGCUGCUCGAAACCUCGAUUCCUGGUAAUAGAUUGAGGAGUUGUGAUGUCUAUAUAGGCUUUCAAGGCCGGAAACCGUUGCUGCUACGGUUCACGAAUUGGCUUAGGGCGGAGUUAGAGGUUCAGGGCUUGAGCUGCUUCGUAACGGACAGAGCUCGAUGUCGAAACUCGCGUAAGCACAGCAUAACGGAGAAAGCGAUGGACGCCAGUGCGUUCGGAGUUGUGAUCUUGACGAGAAAAUCGUUCAGGAAUGCGUAUACGAUCGAAGAGCUGCGAUUCUUUUCGAACAAGAAGAAUCUUGUUCCGGUGUACUUCGAUUUGGGCCCCGACGACUGUCUUGUCCGGGACAUCGUCGAGAAGAGAGGCGAGGUUUGGGAGAAGUAUGGCGGGGAGCUAUGGCUACAUUACGGCGGAAUCGAGAAGGAAUGGCGGGAAGCUGUGGGCGCGCUGUCUCGAGGCGACGAGUGGAGGCUCGACGCUCGCGAUGAAAAAUGGCGGGACUGUAUUUUGAGAGCCGUAACGCUGAUGGCGUUCCGGUUGGGGAGGAGGAGCAUCGUCGAUCGACUGACCAAGUGGCGGAACAAAGCUGAGAAGGACGAGUUCCCGUAUCCGAGGAACGAGAAUUUCGUCGGGAGGAAACGCGAGUUGUCGGAGCUCGAGUUCAUGCUUUUCGGAGACGUAAGUGGCGAGGCCGAGCGCGACUAUUUCGAACUGAAGGCGAGACCGAGGAGGAAGAAGAAUGUGACGAUCGCGUGGGGGAGGACGAGCUCGGUGGAUGAGAAGCGAAGCAGUAAACAGAAGGGGAAGGAGCCGGUUACGUGGAAGGAAUCCGAGCGGGAAAUUGAAAUGGAAAAUGUCGAGUUUUCGCAACCGACGCCUCGACCGAAGCGCGGGAGGAGGAGAUCGUCGAACGUGGUGUACGGUAAAGGGAUUGCUUGUGUUACGGGGGAGUCGGGGAUCGGAAAAACGGAGCUGCUUUUAGAAUUCGCGUACCGGUUCCAUCAACGGUACAAAAUGGUGCUGUGGAUUGGCGGAGAAAGUCGAUACAUUCGGCAGAAUUACAUGAACUUGUGGUCAUUUCUCGAGAUCGACGUGGGCAUCGAGACGUGCACGGAAAAGGGUGGCCGGGCGAAGAGCUUCGAAGAGCAAGAGGAAGCGGCGGUAGCUCGGAUCAGACGGGAGCUGAUGAGGAACAUUCCGUUUCUAGUUAUAAUCGAUAAUCUCGAGAGCGAAAAGGAUUGGUGGGAUCACAAGCAUGUAAUGGAUCUUCUUCCCCGGUUCGGAGGUGAGACGCAUGUCAUCAUCUCGACGCGCCUCUCCCGGGUGAUGAAUGUCGAGCCUUUGAGGCUUUCGUACCUAUCGGGGAUCGAAGCGAUGUCUCUGAUGCAGGGAAACGUGAAAGACCAAUCGGUUACGGAAAUCGACGCUCUCCACGCCAUCGAGGAAAAACUCGGGAGGCUACCGUUAGGCCUUUCUAUAGUCGGUGCUCUUAUAUCCGAGCUUCCGAUCAACCCGUGUAGGCUUUUGGAUUUGAUCAACCGUACGACGUCGAGGGUGGGUGGCCGCGAAAACCAUGCUUUACGGCGUAACAGUUUCUUAUUACAGCUUUUCGAGGUUUGUUUCUCGAUAUUCAACAAUGCUGACGGUCCGAGAAGUUUGGCGACGAGAAUGGCCCUGGUGAGUGGCUGGUUUGCGCCGGGGCCAAUCCCGGUGCCUGUCUUGGCCGUGGCUGCGAAUAAGUUGUCUGAAAAGGACCACCAUCGGCGAAGGCUAUGGAGCAGGAUUCUGUCUUCGCUGACCUGUGGCUGCUCGACGGAGUAUGCGCGGAGGUCAGAGGCCGAAGCUUCUUUGCUGCUGUUAAAAUUCAACAUGGCGAGGAGUUGCAUGAAAGACGGGUUUGUUCAGUUCAGCCAUCUUGUGAAGCUGUAUUCGCGCAAGAGGGGAACUGCAGGGACAGCGCAGGCGAUGGUUCGAUCGGUCAUAGGUUGCAAGAACAUAUCCCCGAACUCGGACCAUGUCUGGGCGGCGUGCUUCCUCCUCCUCGGGUUCGGUAAAGACCCGAUCGUCGUGGAGCUGCAGGUGACCGAGCUCGUUUUCCUCGUUAAAGAAGUGAUCGUGCCACUCGCCAUCCGGACGUUCAUCACGUUCUCGCGGUGCAGCGCUGCGAUGGAACUGCUUCGACUCUGUACGGACGCGUUGGAAGCGACGGACCAAGCGUUCGUCACGCCUGUCGACAAGUGGCUCGACAAAUCCCUCUGCUGGAGGCCCAUUCAGACAAAUGCACAGCUGAAUCCAUCACUGUGGCAAGAUCUCGCGCUGGCGCGAGCCACCGUGUUGGAAGUUCGGGCGAAGCUGAUGGUAAGAGGGGGACAAUUCGAUGUUGCCGAUGAUCUGAUUAGGAAGGCUGUGUUCAUUAGAAGUUCGAUAUGCGGGGAGGAUCAUCCCGACACUGUAUCCGCACAGGAGACUCUUGCGAAGCUCACUCGACUCGUCGCCAGUGCGCCAAGCCAUAAUUCGCCAUAGCGACGUAUAGUAGACUGCGUUAUUUAUAGGGGUAUAGAAUCAUUUUUUGAACUGUGUAAAUUUGAGAGUGACUUUAUACCAUUUUUUCAGUUUCAAGAUAGAGUUUUUUUUGCAGAGUUCUCUUAGCCUAUGCCAUAAUUUGUAUUUCACUGCUUUGCAUUUAGAAGGAGAUGGAAAUUCAAGCUUAAAGAAUGACAAAAACAACUGGUUCAUUCAUAAGAUGCAAUCUUACACACAAAUCAUCAACAGCUUAAACACAAAUACAGUGAGAGAGAGGGGGGGGGGGGGGGGGGGGGGGGGGGGGGGGGGA